UUGAACACUCCAACCCUGGUCUGCCCCUGCUGGCUCUGGUCAGGGCCUUGCGGAGGACUGCAGGCCAUGAUGACGUGAUGACCAUCCAUUUCUUGGGCGCUUCCAAUAAUCUCAGCGAUGCUGACCUCCUGGAGACGGCCAUUCUCAACACCUCAUCCUUCAGCUUUUUUGAUAAGGCCAUCCACCACAUUGUGACGGACCAUGGAGAAGAACGAGGGGUGGUUCUCACAAGAGAUGGAACUACGGUGGCGCUUGUACCCUUAUUACUAGGAAUUGAAUCAGGACUGAACGCCAAGAUGGAAGAGGUGGCAGCAGCUGGGAUCUUCCCUCUCACCUUCGGCAGGACACUGGGCUUAUCAUUUCUCAGCCUCCAGGACUUCCCACCAUCUCACCGUUUGGGGCCUGAUGGGUGCUGGGACAACGUGGAGCACCCCAGGGUGUUCAAACUGUCUCAGCCUGCCACUUUAGCCACCGAUGCCAUGAUCAAUGGGGGCAUGGAUGGCCUUAUACUGGGCACAGACCUCAGCAAUUUAACUGCAUCUGAACAGCCGCAGGCCCUCAGUGAGAUUCUGAGAGGAUACUACAAUUUUACUCUGAGUGAGGGGCAGGGCAUGGAUGCUGUGAGCAGUCAGAUUAGCCCAAGGAGGAGGGAGCUCUCUAGAUCCAUCCUAGAGUCUGUUGAUCUUCACAGCCAGGUGAUGGAGACACUAGCGUUGGUCUGGAAACUGGAGAAGACAGAAUGGAUUUCUAUGGACACUGGGGUGGGAAAGGCGGUGAAAGAUGGAUUGGAGACAUUUGUCAAGAAGUACUGGGACUGCCCUCAAAUCAUCCCUCGCUGUCAGUGGGGGGCAAAGCCCCACCGAGGUGCACCUAUCCCGCUCUCUCUUCCCCUCCAGUAUCUGUACAUUCAUCAUACUUAUGAGCCAUCAUCACCCUGCUUAUCCUUCCCAAGCUGUUCUCGUGACAUGAGGUCCAUGCAGCGUUUCCACCAGGAGGACCGUGGGUGGGCUGACAUCGGAUACAGCUUUGUGGUCGGGUCUGACGGCUACGUUUAUGAGGGUAGGGGUUGGCAUCAUCUCGGCACUCACACCAGGGGACACAAUGCCAUUGGGUAUGGCGUGUCAAUCAUCGGUAACUACACUGCCACCCUGCCAUCUCGCUAUGCCAUGGACCUGCUACGUCAUCGACUUGUCCAAUGUGCUUUACACGGAGGAGGACUGGUUUCCAAUUUCAUCAUCCAUGGCCACAGACAGGUGGUGAACUACACCGCCUGCCCUGGAGACGCCUUCUUUUCAGAAAUAAGAACCUGGGAGCAUUUCAGCGAAUAAGAGGACAGGCAGCAUUCUGUCAUCAUCACUACUUUUGGAAAUGUCUUAUACUCUGGAUCAUUCUAUCUUAUUAAUGUAGAGGUCACAUUUAAAAUUUGCAUAGUUCAGUGCAGAAAGAAAUUAAUUCUGCUUAGAUCCAGCAUACAAAGUGGUACCAUGAUGUACUAUACCUAUUAAUCAGCUGGUCAGUAUGUUUA